CACUGAGGGAAUAAAAAGAGGGAGGGUGAGGUGAGCUGCAUCUGAAAACAGGCUGAACGGAGGCACAGGUGCAUCAAAGAUGGAGUGGUUUAAAGUUGUUGCGUUUGUUGUGUGCGUCCUACCCACCGCUCACUGCGCAUCGGACUCUAUAGCCUGGUGUUAUCAUCUCCCAUCCUGCAAUGACACAACCUGGCCAAGAAUUUCCCCCCAGUAUUGCAGCGGCAGCCGACAGUCACCCAUUAACAUCGUCUCAGCAUCAGCCACACCGAACGACAAACUGACUGAAUUCACUUUUUUCAAGUAUGACAACACCUCCGCAAUGACAUCCAUAGAAAAUACUGGCGACACAGUCAAAGUGACCCUUAAGAGCGGAGUUAAGAUUUCAGGAGGGGACCUGUCCGAGCAAUACGACAGCCUGCAGUUUCACUUGCACUGGGGUAAUGGCUCCUCUGUGCCCGGCGCAGAGCAUACAGUAGAUGGAAAGCGCUAUCCUAUGGAGCUGCAUAUUGUGAACAGCAAGUCAUCCUACAAUGGGAAUACAAGUCUAGCCGUCAAAGACUCCACCGGACUCGCAGCUCUUGGUUUCUUCAUUGAGGUAAUGCCAGGUAACUCAACUGGCCAGCCACAAAGCUGGCGCAAUUUGACCUCUUACUUGGCCAACAUCACACAAAAAGGCCAGAAAGUUUCAAUUGCAGCUGGGUUUUCCCUGGACGACCUGCUCGUUGGUGUGGAUCGCACUAAGUAUUACCGCUACCUCGGAUCCUUGAUAACGCCAACUUGUAAUGAGGCGGUGGUCUGGACCGUUUUUAAGGAACCAAUUAAAGUCAGCAAAGAUCUGAUUGACCUCUUCAGCACCACAGUGCGUGUCGAAAACAGCACGUCACAACUCAUGACAAAUGUCUACAGAAGCCUGCAGCCUGCACAGCCAGUGUCAACUCAGAGCGUCAGGGCCUCUGCCUCCUCAACCUGCUUCUCCCUUGGCCUGCUACUUCUCAGUCUUGCACUGGGCUGGAUUUGGAGUUAAAAUAGAAAGAGAACGUCAUCGUCAACCCGUUGCCUCACUUCAGAACAUUCGCUCUUUCCCCCAUUUAACUAAAACUGACCUUUGCUGAUUUUUAGUGUAGCUCUCUGUGUUUGACAUAAUCACGAAAAGUGUGAAGAACAAUUUUUAAAGGUGAAGGCUACCUCUGCACCAAUGUUAUCUCUCAACAAUAUCUCUUGAUUAUGGCUACCUGUGACAAAGCACUUACCUGUUAUCAGAUUUGAGUCUGAAUGCAUGCACGCACCUCAUGCAUGCAAAGUUUACUUUAUGCAAUGACAUGCACAAGUUUUCAUUUUGCGAGGCCAACAUGGUGUGAACAAUUAAGGCAUGUUCCACAUCUCUGUUGAGCUGCCAGAGCUAGGCGUGGGUGAGAAAGGGAUGCAUGAUAUACCUUGAUGUUGGCACAUGCAACUAGUUUAGUUUACCAGCUGAUGAUUGAAGGAUAUGGUGAUUUUAUUUCUUUGUUAUUUGUAUUUAUUUUAAACUAUUGUAACCUUUCUUGCCUCCAUUAGUGCAGCUACUGCUGCAUUUGAGGUGCACUGUGCUAAAACCACAAAAUGAAAAAAGAAAACAUGCCGAUUCCUUUAUGAAGUUCGUGUUUUGAAGGUUUUGUGUGUUACUUUCUCAGAUGAAAAAAAUUGUUUAUCAGUGAUGCACAUUGCUUAUGUCCUUAACACUGUACUGUAUUGCUUCAACAUGAAGAAAACUGACUUUCCUGAUCUUCUUAAAUGGCAUU